CUCACACCGCACACCACUCAUCACCAUGGCCGAGGAGAAGACUUACACCGUACGCCUGCGAGACGGGAAAUGCUGACCCUCAAGCUCCAGACUGCUGGCUUCGACGCCCGGUUCCCUAACCAGAACCAGACCAAGCACUGCUGGCAGAACUUCGUUGACUACCACAAGUGUGUCAACGCCAAGGGCGAGGAGUUCGCCCCUUGCCAGCAGUUCAAGCGCGCCUAUCAGUCGCUCUGCCCCAACGAGUGGACCAACAAGUGGAGCGAGCAGGUCGAGAACGGCACCUUCCCCGCCUCGCUCGACCCUUAGAAACGUGUGUCUGUAGCUGCAUGAAAUCAAAGCUGCGAAAAGCAUGCGGGUAAAAAUGAAACACCUGGUGCAUCCAACUGUACUCUGACAUACACACGCGUCGUAUGUUGACGCCGACCUGUCUGC